UUGGUAAGAUGGCGUCGGCGCACACACAGGCGAGUCUGGACUCUGCAGGCGGAUAAGAAAGUGGGCACCGAGGGCGCUGAUUUGAGCAGACCUUGCAAGAAAGUGCAAACCGCAGUAAUCUUUAGCCUGACAUGGUGGGUUCAGUGCACGACUAGAAAAUACCCCCUCGCCUUGGUAUGGAGCCCCCGGACCGCAGCGAUCACAGCAGACCGGACAGUUCCUCAGAAGAUGCGUCGGCCCGGAGCUCAAAGGUGGAUGAAAUGUGGGACGCUUCCAGCGAGGACGAGGACGUCCCGUACAGCACCUCCCCACCCUGCACCCGCCGGCAGAUAAAACGCAUGUCUGGCAAACACCAGAGGAACACCCCAGGCAGGGCCGCCGGGCGCUCACCCAAGGCAGAGAAAGUGUCCCCCUCCAGCCAGGCCCCACACAGAGAGAAGGAAGGCGCUAAGCUGGCUGAGCCCCCAGAGGAGUACAGCUACAAGCAGGGAAAGAAGCAGCGGGCCACCCUGCGCUCCACCGAGCGCGACCACAAGAAGACCUUCCAGGGCUCUUUCAUGCUGGACUCCCUUUCCAAGCCCAGCCCCUUCGGAUCGCUGGGCAUGGAUCCCCGGAAGCCCUACCUGAGCCUGGCCUGUGGCAGCGCCAAGAUCCCCGUCACCAUGCCGCACCCCAUGGCCCGCACCCACCGGCAGACGUCCCGCACGGACUGCCCCGCCGACCGCCUCAAGUUCUUUGAGACGCUGCGGCUGCUGCUGAAGCUGACUUCCAUGUCGUCCAAGAAAAAGGAGCGCGAGCGUGAGCAGCGGGGCCUGGAGAACACCGCCUUCCUGGGCCAGAACAACGAGGUCAUCUGGCUGGAGCUGCAGGCCUGGCAUGCCCGCCGCAGCGUCACCGACCAGGACCUGUUCCUCUACACGGCGCGGCAGGCCAUCCCCGACAUCAUCAACGAGGUGCUCCACUUCAAGGUCAACUACCGCAGCCUGGGAGGCGGUGCCGCGGGGGAGGUGGACGCCGAGGCGGAUGCCGGGGGCGGGGAUCUCGCUGGGGCCGUGCUGGGCGUCGCCGGUGUCUGCCGGGAGGACGAGGAGGGUGGGGUGGGGAUAGGGGUCGGGGUGAACUGUGGAACUGAACCCCAGGCUUUCGCUGGCUGCACUCCGGGGGUGGCGGAGGCAGGCGCAGACGCGGGUGUGACCACAGGCGUGACCGCGAGCAUGAACACGGACGUGCCCCUGGGCGACUCGCCAGGCUGCCGCGGGCACCUGCAGCGGCAGCGGCUGGCCUUCGAGCAGGUGAAGAGGGUGAUGGAGCUGCUGGAGUCUGUGGAGGCGCUGUACCCGUCCCUGCAGACGCUGCAGAAGGACUACGAGAAGUACGCUGCGCGGGACUUCCAGGCCAGGGUGCAGGCGCUCUGCCUGUGGCUCAACAUCACCCAGGACCUCAACCAGAAGCUGCGGGUCAUGGGCACGGUCCUGGGGCUCCGCGACCUGUCCCGCCUGGGCUGGCCCGUCUUCGAGAUCCCCUCCCCCCGCUGCUCCCGGGGCAACGAGGAGGAGGAGGAGGAGGAGGACGACGACGAGGAGAACGACUCCACCGCCACCUUCACGGCGGACAGCGACCUGGACGAGAGGGACCCGGGGGAGGAGGGGGCGGAGGGGCAGGGGGCGGGCGAGCAGUCGCCCUGCCUCACGCCCAAAUUCGCCCGGCUGCUGUCGGAGGACGAGCUCCUCUUGGCAGCUGGGGGAGGGGGCGGCUCCCAGGAGGUGACGGGGUUGUUGGAGGGCGUGGCCGGGGCAGGCCGUUACUGCCCCACCUCCAUCUACAGGCCGUUCGUAGACAAGGCGCUGAAGCAGAUGGGGCUUCGCAAGCUGAUCCUCAGACUGCACAAGCUGAUGGACCGCUCGCUGCAGAGGGCCCGGGCAGCGCUCCUCUGCCACACCCCUCCACAGGAGUAUUCGGAGCUCCCGGAUGCCCUCCUGUACAGUGACUACCUGCCAGAGCUCUCUCGCCACCUGUCCUGUGGCGGUGCGGGGUUUGAGGACACGGGGGCAGGGUGUGUGUCGUGGGUGGAGCUCCAGGCCAUGGACCUGCCCUCCUUCCAGCCGGCCUUCCUGGUACUGUGCCGCGUCCUGCUCAACGUCAUCCAUGAGUGCCUGAAACUGCGCCUGGAGCAGCGGCCCGCUGGAGAGCCCUCCCUCCUCAGCAUCAAACAGUUGGUGCGCGAGUGUAAGGAGGUGCUGAAGGGGGGUCUCCUGAUGAAGCAGUACUACCAGUUCAUGCUGCGCGGUGUAAUCGCAGACCCCGAGGGCCUGCAGACCAACGCCAACAUCGAUGACUUUGAGGAGGACCUCCAUAAGAUGCUCAUGGUGUAUUUCGACUACAUGCGCAGCUGGAUCCAGAUGCUGCAGCAGCUGCCGCAGGCGUCCCACAGCCUGAAGAACCUGCUGGAGGAGGAGUGGAACUUCACUAAGGUCAUCACGCCUUACAUCCGGGGCGGCGAGGCCCAAUCCGGACGCCUCUUCUGUGACAUAGCUGGCAUGCUUCUCAAAUCCACUGGGGAAUUCCUGGACGCAGGGCUGCAGAGAAGUGGUGAUGAAUUCUGGGAAAGUGCCGACGACAGCACUGCCUCUGAUGAGAUCAGGCGUUCAGUCAUUGAGACGAGCCGCUCUCUGAAGGAGCUCUUCCAUGAGGCGCGUGAAAGGGCUUCCAAAGCGCUCGGCUUCGCCAAGAUGCUCCGCAAGGACCUGGAAAUCGCUGCUGACUUCAGCAUCACCAGCGGAGUGCCGGCGCUCCUGGAGGCUCUCAAAGAGAAGAAUUAUGUCAAGGUGCAGAUCCCGGGACUGGAGGAGCUCCAGGUGUUCGUCCCGUCUGGCCUGGCCUCCCAGCGGCCCGUCAUCCUGCAGCUCCUCAAUGCGGCGGCUGGGAAGGACUGCUCCAAGGAGCCCGACGAGAUGGCUGACGACGAGGCCUACCUGCUCAUGAGCAAACAGGGAGCCGGGGAUUUGCCUGCCGAAGCUGACUGGGCGCAGUGGGAGGGAGCCCUGCUAAAGCUGGUGCCUCAGAUGGAGACGGUGGACACGCUUAGGUCCAUGAAGGUAGAGAACCUGCUGUUGAUUGUGAUGCAGUCGGCUCACCUGGUCACCCAGCGCAAGGCCUUCCAGCAGUCCAUGGAGGACAUGCUGACCCUUAGACGUGAGCAGACGUCCAGCCAGCCCCUCAUUGCCGGAGCGCUGGAGCAGCUAAAGAACGAGGCCCUGCAGCUGUGCAUUAAGAUCAACACAGCCAUCGACCGGGUGGAGAUCAUGUUCACCUCUGAGUUCCAGGCUGAGGUGGAUGAGUCCGAGUCUGCCACCCUGCAGCAGUACUACAGAGAGGCCAUGAUCCAGGGCUACAACUUCGCCUUCGAGUACCAUAAGGAGGUGGUGCGCUUGAUGUCAGGGGAGUUCCGGCAGCGGAUUGGCGAGCGCUACAUUGCCUUUGCUCAAAAGUGGAUGAAUUACGUCCUGACCAAGUGCGAGAGUGGGCGGGGCACACGACCCAGAUGGGCUACUCAAGGCUUUGACUUUCUCCAAGCAAUUGAACCUGGCUUUAUUUCAGCACUGCCUGAGGAUGACUUCCUGAGUCUGCAGGCACUAAUGAACGAGUGUAUUGGUCAUGUGAUCGGGAAGCCUCACAGCCCUGUCAGCGGCCUCUACUUUGCACCAAGGAAUAACCCCCGACCCGUAAAGGUGCCUCGCUGCCACAGUGACCCCCCGAACCCCAACCUGUUCAUCCCCAACACCGAGGGUUUCAGCUCUAGGAGUCUCCCCUGCGACCUUCGGACCCCGCUGUGCCCCACCGGCCCCCGCCCUGCCCCGCAGGGCCCCGGGGAACCCGGCCACUCCAAACCGCCCUGCAGCACCCCCAAUGACGUCAGAGGAUCAAACCUCCACGAGAACGACCGGCUGUCGUCGGUGGCGGCGGAGCUGCAGUUCAAAUCCCUAAGCCGCCACUCCAGUCCAACAGAGGACAGAGAAGAGCCCUCGUAUCCAAAGGGAGACCCCAACACCACAGCCCGACGCAGCUGGGAGCUUCGCACCUUCAUCAGUCAGUCUAAGGACACGGCCGCGCGGCAGAGCCCCAUGGAGGCGGUGCGCCGCUCCAUCCGCUCCUUCGAGGAGAAGCGCUACGCCGUCAUGAAGCAGCGCAACAUCAUCGGCCAGGUGUGCCACACGCCCAAGUCCUACGACACCGUCAUGCACGUCGGCCUGAGGAAGGUCACCUUCAAGUGGCAGAGGGGCAACAAGAUUGGUGAAGGGCAGUAUGGGAAGGUAUACACCUGUAUCAACGUGGACACUGGAGAACUGAUGGCCAUGAAGGAGAUAAGGUUCCAGCCCAACGACCACAAGACGAUCAAGGAGACAGCGGAUGAGCUGAAAAUUUUCGAGGGAAUAAAACACCCCAACCUGGUCCGCUACUUCGGGGUGGAGCUCCAUCGGGAGGAGAUGUACAUCUUCAUGGAGUACUGUGACGAGGGGACCCUGGAGGAGGUGUCCAGGCUGGGCCUUCAGGAGCACGUCAUCCGCCUCUACAGCAAGCAGAUCACCACGGCCAUCAACGUGCUUCACGAGCACGGCAUCGUGCACCGUGACAUCAAAGGAGCCAACAUCUUCCUGACGUCAUCGGGCCUGAUUAAGCUGGGCGAUUUUGGGUGUUCAGUGAAGCUGAAGAACAAUGCACAGACCAUGCCGGGCGAGGUGAACAGCACGCUGGGAACAGCAGCAUAUAUGGCACCUGAGGUCAUUACCAGGGCAAAGGGCGAAGGUCACGGGCGAGCGGCAGACAUCUGGAGCCUGGGUUGUGUCCUCAUUGAGAUGGUGACAGGGAAGAGGCCGUGGCACGAGUACGAACACAACUUCCAGAUCAUGUACAAGGUGGGCAUGGGCCACAAGCCGCCCAUUCCGGAGAAACUGAGCACUGAGGGGAAGGACUUCCUGGGUCACUGUCUGGAGAGCGACCCCAAACAGCGCUGGACUGCCAGCACACUGCUGGACCACCCCUUUGUCAAGGUCUGCACGGAUGAAGAAUGAAAACUGUCCUGGGCCUACUCGCCUGUACAAACACCAAGCACUACUGUAACAUGUAAUAUUAAAUGUAAUAUUUACAAGGAACUGUGUUCUCAAUUAUCAGGUGGAAGAGGAAGGCAGUUUUUUAAAAGGGUGUAGAGCCAUCAUGGCUUUGCUGAUGGACUCUGGCAGUCACCCUUCCCAGCAUGCAACUCUGGAAGAUGUUGAGCAGAACAGCGAGUCUUACAUUGUACAGUUCCAGGGGGCAUUGCUUUGUACAUACUGUAAGAAUGGGAAUGGGUGCGAUCCUUGUAUAAAUAUUGUAAAGCUUAAGUAAUAGCCAUUUCUGGAUCUGUUGUUCUUAAUGAUAACUAAUAAAAAAGCAACAAGAAUAUAUUAAAAAAAAAUAAUAAAUCCAAAGCAGUUUUUUUUGGAAGCUGUCUCCCUCAGCAGACACAGGAGCAGCCAGAUGUGUGGAAAGAGGGAUGAUGGAGAGAGUGUGAAAGGAAGGAGAAGAGUGGAGCUGGGGCUGCAGUGGGAGAGUGGAAACUAGACUCAUCCGCUUCGCCUCUUAGGGGGAUCAGGCUAAAUUCGAAAGAAAAGGUAUGAAAAGUUCCACAGAGGCCGUGAACUAGAGGGGGCGGGUAGUUGUGGCACGGUUGUGGCAUA